CUGACGUGUAAGAAGGGAAGUAGUUGGCCACCUCUUCUCUUCAUGUUAAAUAUUGGUUUACCGGUGACUAAUGUGUGAUGCAUAACGUUGUCCGAUUAAUUUUGUCCAGAGCUGACGUUGGGUAGAAACUUACAGACCAAGACUUGACAUAUCAGAAAGCCAAGUGCAGCCAUGGGCAAGAGGAGAGUGCCUGAUCUGUACCGAGCACCAUUCCCUCUGUACACUGUUAAAGUUGACCGCAAAUCUGGAUUAGUUAUUACUGCUGGAGGCGGCGGGGCAUCCAAGACUGGAAUAAAAAAUGGGGUGCAUUUCCUGGGUUUGGAGUUGGUGGGCGGACAGCACAGUGCCACCCUGCUGCACUCCCAUGACACCGAGACGCGUGCCACCAUGAACAUGGCGCUGGCUGAUGAGGUCAUCGCUGCUGGUCAAGAUGGCAACUGCAGCCUGAUGCGCUUCCGUCAACGUGCCGCCAAAGAUGGACGCAAAGCUGGUACCAAAGAUGGACCUAGUGCGGAACAGGGAGCGGCAAGGCGACGGGCCGGUGGCCGGGGCGACAAGACUGGAGCGGGGGACGUGUCGGAGAUGAAGAACGAGACACUGCAGUUGUCCGUGGAGCAGAUGGGCUCGGUGCAGUCCGAUUACAACCCCCAGGACCCGCUCCAGAAGUGCGUGCGCUUCAGCGCCGACCUGAAGCUGCUGCUGGCUGGGGGCACCGAUGGCCAUAUUCGCGUGUGGGAGUAUCCUGACUUAAAGGAGAAGUAUGCCUUCAAGGCGCAUGAAGGUGAAAUCGAAGACUUGGAUAUCAGCCCUGAUAAUAAGCACUUGGUAACUGUCGGGCGGGACUUUGCCUGUAGUGUGUGGUGUGGAGACCAGCUCGUCAUGGGCCUGUGUUGGCAUGACAACAUCCCCAACAUCACAGAGAAGACGUACCGCUAUCAGUCCUGCAGGUUUGGUAAAGUCCCAGACCAGAAGGAUGCUUUGCGAUUGUUUACAGUCCAGAUACCUCACAAACGGGACCGUAAGCCACCACCCUGCUACCUCACUAAGUGGGAUGGACAAGUCUUCCUGCCAUUGCUCACCAAACCCUGUGGCAAUGAGGUCAUUUCCUGCCUAGAUGUCAGUGAAUCAGGCACAUUCCUUGGGCUUGGAACUGUCACAGGAUCUGUAGCCGUACACAUUGCCUUCUCCCUUCAGAGGUUGUACUAUGUGCAGGAGUCCCAUGGGAUUGUUGUGACGGACCUUGCGUUCCUCCCCGAGUCGGGCAGAAGCCGAGCCGUCAAGGGAGACAACGAGGUGGCCUUGCUCAGCGUGGCCGUGGACAGCCGAUGCCAGAUGCACACCGUGCCAAACAGAAGAUCCUUCCCCCUGUGGGUGGUGCUGUUCCUGUGUGCGUUCAUGGUGGUGGGGGUGCUACUGCUGCUUCAGCAUCUCUUCCCAGGCUUCAUCUAACAGGGCUGGCCGUGGGAGAGGCAUCUCUGCCAGCCACUGCCGACUGGAAUGGUGGUGGUGGUGGAGAUGGUGGUGGUGAUGAAGGGGCCUUUCCCAGGUUACAGUGGUGUUCCUUUGGGGCUGUUCUGCUCCAGUGGGGGGUUGGAUCUGCCCCAGCAGUUGCAGUCCGGGUCAUAACAGCCCCUCAGGACUUAGGAGAGACUGAGAUGAUGCCACAAUCCAUCCCACCCACCUGCACCUCACCACUGUUAGCACCCAUCCCCCUUCCAAAAACAAAACAGGAAUCGCAGUCGGUCCACCGGUUCAUCUGCUGUGGGGAAAUGUACCAUGGCAUGGACAUAACAAGCAAUGACAUCUUAUAUCUACUGGGCUCUGACCUAACAGACCAGUUUCAACCAGAGUAAUUUCUGUAAAGGAAACUGUGGACAGAAGUAAAGGGACUUAUGUAAACGUAAACAUUGUGUAAUUGCUCGUAAUCGAUGUCUGCUGCUAAACCUUCCCCCUCUUCCCAGAAAAAAAGACAUGACAUGUCGUCCUGCAUAGGAUAAUCUUCCGAGGAACAUUUUGAAAACAGUUGAGCAGACGAUGACUCCGAUGAGAUUUUGUAGGCCAGCUUUUUUAUGCACGCUUCAUACAUUUAAAUCAGGCCCCUAUCCAAAUGUGAAUGUGAAAGUGAAGAUUACUUGCCCCCCCUUAACCCAAACAAAAACCUCAGGAACUUUACUUUUAACUGCUAAAUUUGAGUUGUACUUAGUACUUCCAGCAAAUCAUUUUGAAAUGAGCUUAUGAACUCGCCUGACCUGCUUGAAGUUCUUCAGGUGAUGAAGCUUACAAUGUAAUGAUGCACAGUGGGGAGGUAACACCCAUUGCCUGUUUUUAUGGUAGAUAUUUAAGACAAAUGUAAAAUAAUAUACAUAUAAUUUGAAA